CUAUGAACCAUGCAGAGUUCGGACAUUUGUGGAUCAAGAAUCCUUAGGUAUCUUAUGAUGAUGAUGAUUUUGCAAGAUAUAAAAAGAUAUUCUCUCUUCAGAAGUGAACAGUGUAUAUACACUAUACUAUCACCAUCAAGCCCUGACAUAACCAGAAAGAAAAGAAAGAGAAAGAAAGAAAGAAAGAGAAAGAAAGAAAGAAAGAGAAAGCAUGCCUCAAAAAGCCAUCAUAACACUCACCCAGAACCAUGCCUCCCUUGUCACCAACCGCCCCCUCCCCUCCCCCCGAGACGACUACAUCCUCGUCCGAACCACCGCCGUCGCGCUGAACCCCAUCGAUUGGAUGCUCCUGGCAAGCACGCCAGCCCCCAACGCCGUCAUGGGCCACGACUACGCGGGCACUGUUCUUGAUGUGGGAAACUCUGUCCGGGGGCGAUUCAAACCCGGGGACAGAGUCUGCGGGAUGGUGAAAGGCGGAGAUGCGACGAGGAUCGAGAACGGGGCGUUUGCAGAGUACAUAGUUGCCAAAGCCGGGGUGCAGAUGAAGAUUCCCGACGCCGUGGAGUUUGCGGAUGCGGCGACGGCGGGCGUUGGUGUUGUGUCGGCGGGAAUGUGUUUGUUCGGGCGUGGAGGACUCGGGAUGCGAUUCCCGGGGCUUGAGGUUGGGGAUGAUGCGCAGAGCAAGGACCGUGCGGUUCUGAUCUAUGGAGGGAGUUCCGCGUCGGGUCUCUGGGGGAUUCAAUUUGCAAAGUUGGCGGGAUAUACAGUGAUCACAACCUGUUCACCUCGAAACUUUGAUCUCGUCCGUCGGUUCGGAGCUGAUGCUGUUUGCGACUACCGUGGUCCGGAAUGCAUCCAGCGCAUCAGAGAAUACGCAGCGAAUGGUCUUCGCUUUGUUUAUGAUACGAUCGCCACCGAGGAAUCCGCCAGGAUCUGCAGCGAAGCAAUUUGUCCUGCGGGUGGUCGAUACCACUCGCUGCUUCCUGUACCGCCGUUUCUGCGUCCAGAGAUCCAUUGCAGCUGGGUGAACUGCAGUGUGGCAAUGGGCGAGGCGUUCGAGUAUGGCCCUGAGCGAAUGGAGAUCCCGGCUAUGCCGGAGGAAUUCGAGUUUGUCUCGCGGUGGACGACGAUGGUGGAGGCGCUGUGGGCAGAGGGUAAAUUGAGGACUCCAGUUGUCGAGGCGAGGCAGAAUGGACUGGGGGGAGUGCUGGAUGGGCUGAAGGAUUUGAAGGAGGGGAAGAUCAGUGGGAAGAAGUUGGUGUAUCUUGUUUGA